UCAAAGUCUGUGAAACAGCCUGGUGCUCAAACUUGGACGCGGACUGAAAACAAUGGUGUUUCCUGCGCAUGUGGGAGGCGCGUUCACCGCGAGACCGAGUCCCGGGACGCACACUUGACUUUGUAACGUUGAGUGUGACAAACUCAUCGACUUCGUGCUGUGUUGUUGUUGUUGUUUUGUUUUGUUUUUUCCUUUCUUUUUGCCUUGUGUGUUGUUUCCGAGUCUUGCUGGUAAUGGCCAGCAGCGGCUGAAGGAGAGCGGCUGGUGCUUUGGUCAGUGACAGGCUGCAGACAGCAGGGAGAGCUGUGCGUCGACCACACGCUGCACUUGAUGAUGAUGAUGAUGAUGAUGGUGACGAUGAUGAAGUGAAGGAGCUGAUUUCUCUCAGGGACGAAAAUCAUUUUUACGCACAGUGUGUGGUGGAUCACAACCAAAGAAGCCAUGGAGGCCUCACAGGACCUCAACGAACAGAUGGUGAAGAAAUCACACAGUGAAUCUCAUGUUCCAGACCCUUCAGACGCCAGGUCUAUGGAAAUGCAGGACCUAGCCAGUCCUCAUAACCGUGUGGGAGGUGGAGACUCAACAGGCUCCAAGCUCGACAAGAACAACCUUGGCAGCCCCUCCAUCACCACCAAUGGAACAGGAGGUGAAAAUAUGACCGUUCUAAACACGGCUGAUUGGCUGUUGGGCUGCAGCAGCCCGCCCCCGGCCCUGGGCACCAAGGACUAUGUGAAAACAGAGCCUAUGAACAACAACGAUACAGUCACUACGACAGGCGACACAGCACUGGACACAUACGCAGGCUCAGUAAUCACCAGCAGCGGGUACAGCCCUCGUUCAGCUCAUCAGUACUCUCCUCCUCUCUACCCUUCAAAGCCUUACCCUCACAUCCUCUCCACACCUGCAGCCCCUCCCAUGCCGACGUACGCUGGUCAACCCCAGUUCAGCAGCAUGCAGCAGUCCUCCGUCUACACCACUUACUCCCAGACAGGACAGGCCUAUGGACUGUCCACCUAUGACCUUGGAGUGAUGCUGCCAGGCAUCAAGACGGAGAGCGGCCUGGCUCAGAGUCAGUCUCCUCUGCAGACGGGCCUCAGCUACAGCCCCGGCUUCACCACACCUCAGCCUGGUCAGACUGCAUACUCACCCUAUCAGAUGCCAGGUUCCAGUUUCACUUCUUCCUCAGGCCUCUACACCACCAACAACUCAGUGUCCAACCCCGCCAACUACACUGCCACACAGCAGGAUUAUCCCUCAUACACAACAUUUGGCCAAAACCAGUAUGCCCAGUAUUAUUCCGCCUCCUCUUAUGGGACAUAUAUGACCUCCAACAGCGUGGAUGGCACAGGCUCCACGGCAGCCUACCAGCUGCAAGACCCCAGCCCCGUUAUGACCGGACAGGCUGCCGAACUUCACCCAGGAGACUUUGACACAGUGCAGAGCCCCUCAACGCCCAUCAAAGAGCUGGAUGACCGGGCCUGUCGGAGUGGGGGGUCCAAGUCCCGGGGUAGGGGCCGCAAGAACAACCCCUCCCCUCCCCCUGAUAGUGACCUAGAGAGGGUGUUUGUGUGGGAUCUGGACGAAACAAUCAUUGUCUUCCACUCUCUGCUCACUGGCUCCUACGCUCAGAAAUAUGGCAAGGACCCGCCGAUGGCAGUAACGCUGGGUCUGAGGAUGGAAGAGAUGAUCUUCAAUUUGGCUGACACACACUUAUUCUUCAAUGACCUGGAGGAAUGUGAUCAGGUACAUAUCGAUGAUGUAUCAUCAGAUGACAACGGCCAGGACUUAAGUACUUACAGUUUUGCAACUGAUGGCUUCCAUGCAGCUGCAACCAGCGCCAACCUGUGCCUGGCUACGGGCGUCCGCGGCGGGGUCGACUGGAUGAGGAAACUGGCCUUCCGCUACCGACGAGUCAAAGAGUUGUAUAGCACAUACAAAAACAAUGUGGGGGGCCUGCUGGGUCCUGCUAAGAGAGACGCCUGGCUGCAGCUCAGAGCAGAGGUCGAGGCUCUGACUGACUCCUGGCUCACACACGCACUCAAGUCCUUAUCCAUCAUCAGCUCCAGGAGUAACUGUGUAAAUGUGCUGGUGACCACAACGCAGCUCAUACCUGCACUGGCUAAAAUUCUCUUAUAUAGUCUGGGAUCUGUUUUCCCUAUCGAGAAUAUUUACAGUGCAACAAAAAUAGGCAAAGAGAGCUGUUUUGAGCGUAUAGUCUCCCGCUUUGGCACUAACAUUACAUAUGUUGUGAUUGGCGAUGGGAAGGAUGAAGAGCAUGCAGCCAGCCAGGUAAACAAACAACUCCUGAACUUUGACCCCUCUGACCAUGUGACCCUCCUUCCUCCCCUUGUUUAUUUGUUUUUUGCAGGAAAAGAGAGUUGCUUUGAACGCAUAAUGCAAAGGUUUGGCAGGAAAGUAGUGUAUGUUGUAAUUGGGGACGGUGUGGAAGAGGAGCAGGCGGCCAAAAAGCACAACAUGCCUUUCUGGAGGAUAUCCAGUCACUCUGACCUGCUGGCACUACACCAAGCACUGGAGUUUGAGUACCUGUAGCUAUUAUAAGAAAUGUGGACUCAAGCAAUGUUUCAUGAUACCGUGGACAUGGUCAGCCAGGCAGCCCCCUCCCCCCCUACUUUUGUAACUAUUUAAGAACAAACAAUACACUGCAACUGUUUUUGUGAUUUUUUUUUUUUCCCUUUUGUCUUUUUUUGAACAUCUGGAUUUACAAACUCUGAACGGUCUUAAGAAGCAAAGGAGAGAUGAAAGGAGGUAAUGAAAGGACAGCAGGAUUAAAUGACUUCACUAUACAAAGCAGCCCUGCUCUGCCUUCCUGGUCCUGAUGUUGGGGACGGACCUCUGUGAAACCCCCCCCCCUGUCUUCUGUCCAUGCAGCAGCAGAUGACUGAAACCCUGCACAGACUGAAGACCUGCCUUGAUCUGGGAAGCAGUUUUGUUUGUUCUAAAGCACCCAGACUAGUGUCAGGACUGUUAUGGGUCACCUGGGGUUAACAAUCCUCAAACAAUGAGGGGAUUUUAAUGAAAGCGUCACAUGUGGAAGAAUAACAGCUGCUUUUAGUGUUUUCUUCCUGGUGGUAUAAUCACAACACAACAAUGCAGUCAGUGUCCGCAAACUUAUGUAAAUUAUUAACAUUAAACUUAAAAGGGCAGUGGUGAAUGCUUUUAAUGGGGAAAUGUUUUGGGGUCUUGUUUUUUUUUUCCUCCUCUGGAUUUUUGUAUUUUUUCCCUUUUGAGAAACUGAGGAUGUGCGUAAUGAUGUGUUGUGCCUUAAUGUGUUUGAAUGUCUUUUUCUUUAUUCAAAAAUGUCUAUGUAUGUAGAUAUAAAGGAGAAAAGUUAUCCAAA